AAAGAGACAUAAAGUGGGUUUCCACCAUGCAGCUCGCAGUUCUUCUAUUUUUGAUUGUUUUGUCCAUGCAGAUGGUCUCAGCUUCAGAAUGGUGCUACCAGUCACAGACUAGCUGCAACAACACCUGCGCAGCUCCAGAUGUGUGGCAGGUAGUUUCUCAACAAUGCAGCGGCAGAUUUCAGUCUCCUAUUAACAUCGUGACCAGGAAAAUGCUCCCAGACGAACAACUCACACCGUUUGAUUUGGUCGGCUACCAGGAGACGUUUCACGGCCGCCUCACAAACAACGGUCACACAGUUCAGUUGGAUUUGCCGCCUGGUAUCAUGAUCAAAGUAGGACGCCUGGCUGAAAAUUAUAAAGCCGUUCAAGUCCAUUUUCACUGGGGCCAAAAUGGAGGACCUGGAUCUGAGCACACAAUUGAUGGAGAGCAGUUUCCCAUGGAGAUGCACAUAGUCCACAUCAAAGAAGAAUACGACUCUUUAUCCCAGGCUGUGAAAGAUCAAACUGGAGUGGCUGUUCUUGGGUUUUUGUUUCAGGAAUCCGAAUCUACGAAUAAGAAGUACACUCCCUUGGUUGAUUCUCUGCUAUCUGUCAUGUUUUGAACCCCAGCCAGCAACACCACGCUGACAGACAUCUCCCUGGAAAUGCUCAUUCCUCCCAAGGAAGACUUGGCAAAAUACUUCCGCUACCACGGCUCCCUCACGACUCCUGACUGCGCUGAAGCUGUCGUCUGGACGCUCUUUGAAAGCACCAUUCCUCUGAGCAGGAAUCAGCUCACUGCUUUCUGCCAGCUUCGGUUUUCUGACGGGACUCAAAUGGUUCAGACCUACAGACCGGUGCAGCCUUUGAAUGCGAGGCAGGUGUAUUACUCCAAAGGACAGAUUCCUGUGGUCAGCUGGGUGCUGCUGAUCAUGUCAGUGCUGCUUUCUAGCGCCCUCCCACAACACUCUGAAGGAUAAAAGCUUUGGUCAAAUAACAUAAUGAAUGUUUCCUUCUUGAAAUUCUGUUUUGAGAUAGCUCUUACCUCAUACGUCUCGUAGUUCUUUGUUGAGCAUUUUGAGAAAUCAGUUUUUGAUCAUGUUUGUAAAGUUACAUAAUUAUGUUUCAGAUCAUUGAGUGUUUUAAGUCAGAUCUGCCUUUCUAAAUACAUUUUUUUUGUCUGUUUUUAAGUUAGGCUCGAGUUAUUUUCCAUUUGUAUCUGUUAAAAUGAACAUGUAAACAAAAAGAAGAUGAAAAUAAAGAGAAUGUUUAUAGGAAAUUCCAGGCAGAAAAUGCUGUUAGAGAAAAUAAAUGGUUUCCUGGGUCAAAGCUU